AUGCAGCAGCCGAGUGAACGCGCUGUCGAGACGACGACGCCCGCCGCUCCGGCCGUUGAACCCGCUUUCACCAACUCGUCGAACGCUAAUCGCCCUGCGAAGCGCCGCGCAGCCGAGGACCUUCCGGACGCGCCCGUUUCUAUGUCUAAUUUCAUGGAGACACUUGCCCGCCUACGAGCAGACAUUGCAGCAGACCGCGUUGCCGAUAUGACCCCACACACCCUUCAGCUCACCGAAGUUCACGUGCGGUUACAAAUACUAGAAGAACAGCACGUGGUGGAUGUAAUGCUGAUGCUCAACAAUGAGAUUAUGGAUAAGAUCACCAGAGACACUAGAGCCAUUCUAGCGCUCGACCUCGAGAAGGCAUUCGACCGCGUCAAGCACUCUCAAAUCCUUGGCUCGAUUCGCGAAGCAGGAAUAGGUAGGCGUUUCUACAAAUAUGUUAGCUCAUUCUUGCGCGACAGGACGGCUACAAUUCAACUCGGCUUGAUGGGCUCGAAGAAAUUCAACCUGCGACCGAGGGGCACACCCCAAGAAUCCAUGAUAGCUCCGUUCCUGUUCAACCUCUCCGUGCGCACUCUGUCGCAACAACUCUCACAGAUCGACGGCAUCAGUCACGCCCUCUACGCAUACGACAUCACCGUCUGGUGUACGAGCGGCAGUGAGGGCCAUAUUGAGGAGCGACUGCAAGAAGCACCCAUCGCUGAAGCGAGUGCCGCCAUCUAUGUCGGCGGAGGAGACGACGUGGCGCCAUUGGGUGAGUGUGGAAAUGACACUGCUCUCUCGCCUGUGGCCGAAAGUGAGAGGGCAGCAAAAGUGAGGGAUCAGCUGUCCAGGGCUGAUCAAGACACGCCCUCUCUAGGGCAGCAGGAAGACCUCUCGAGUAACAAAAUUCGGGUAGACACGUAG